AUGGAGAAACUUAAAGUUUCAUCAUUGGAGGCUUUGCUUCGAUUUCAAAAUAAUCGUUACGAUGAUGCGAUUGUAGCAGACGCUUCUGUGUUGAGCUGUGGUUGUUUAGUUUCGGAGUCUGCUUUCAUAUCAUCGUCGAGCCAUACCUGUCCACAGGGACACCAAGAUGUACACCUUUUAAGAGAAAUCAAGCCAUUGAGAGAACUCUAUCAAAUAGUCCAGCAGCUUAAUACUCAAAUGAGCACGACACUGGGGAGACGUAGGAGAUCUUCAUCUAAGAAAAGCUUUACUAUUGGGGGAGAGAAACCUGAAUCUCAGGAUCUAAUCAGUUUAUUUUAUAAAUUGGCAAAAGAGGAGUCCAACGUAAACAAUGAUUCAAAGAAAGCAAUAAUGGAUCUGUCAUCGAUACAACCGAUUGACAUUGGGACAAGAAAUGAACAAGAUUCUCCACUGGAGGCCAUAUCAUUCUCCCCAGAACAAUACUACAUGCAAAAUCUUGAUGGAGAAGCUCAGAAAGAAGACUACGAAACCACUGUUGAAAAAAGAAUAUUGAAAAAUUUGAAUGAGAAAAAGGAGUAUAACUUCAGUAAAUGCUUUCCUUUUUACAGAAAGUAUUCUAGCUAUCCUACACUGGCUUUCAAGUCCAGCUUUUCUUCCAUAGCAAUCCCUUUCAAGCUGAACUCAGUAUUGAAAAAGAGUUCAAGAUACAUAGGCAGUCACAUCCACACCUACACUGAUUUCGAUACUGACACGGAGAUAACAAGGUUUGUGUUAAUAAGUGAAAAGAGAUGGGAAUUAUAUCAAUACCAAAGCUCGUUGGAUGAUUCCCUGAAUUCAAAUAGCCGGCCAGUAUUGUUGUGUUGCGGAAAGCUGACAGGCGAAUACGGAACAACCACUAAUAGUAUGACAGGAGAAAAUCCCUCCGACGAAAUUAUAAUCAAGAAUGAUUUUAAUCAAAGUUUAAGUAAUAGCACAUCUAACGAGGACGUUAAAAAGAAAUUGCAACAAUGGGGAUUUCUCUAUUGUAAGCUCUCCAGCAAUUACUUGGCUAUAGCCGGAACUAAAGGAAUAUUGAGAGUUUUUUAUGUAGGUUUCUCUUCAAAGUAUUCUUUGGGAAGACCGCUUUAUACUUAUUCCACAAACUUUCCUAUAAGAUGCAUAGCUAUAGCUCCGAAUGAAACCUUAGUAGCAUGCGGAGUGACAGCAAAAGAGCGACUUUCUGGUAAAGAACAACCCUUUAUCAUCUUACAAAAAUUGUGCUCGAAUUUCGAAAAGAAAAUCACUAGCGUUGAGCGCUUCACAAUUACAAUGCCCAAUAGAGACCCGAUAAAAUUAAUUGAUUUUAACUCAAGCUCAACUCACUUGCUUUCCUGUACUAGUUGGGAGUCACGGUAUUCGAUAAUCAGAUUAAAAGACUACUCGGACAAUUAUAGAAAGCCUAGAUUAAUAUGGACUGAUGCUGAUUAUUUCAAGAAUACAAGAAGACAUAAGUCUGAAAAUGAUUCCGAUGAUAUCGAUGAUACUAGCGAUGAUGAUGAUCAACUGAUGAUUAAUGAAGGUGUGACAGAUAUACACUUUGGAUAUUCCAACACGAUCGUUUUGGCUUCCUGCUCUUUGAAAAACAAACCACCAGUGAUAAUUAAACUAUAUGGAGCAUUCCUAAACUCUAAGAGAAGGCGCUCAUCGCUAUCAGAUGCGCUCAGCAUACAAAACAGCACUAACAGUAAAGAAGAAGAGGGGUUUACGAAUAUACAGUCAUCAGAUAUUCUCAUGAAAAUUCCUGAAGUUGGCUCAUUGAUACAUAAGUUAUGUGUUUCACCUCGAGGCGAUGGAAUUGUAUUUCUAAGCAAAGACGGUUCUCUUUACUUGGUUUCCACACCUAAUUUGCAAUCCAACUCAACCUCAUCCAAAAGGAUUGUCGUACUACUCGGCGAGGUCGCUGGUGCUGAGAAAUUUCACGAGAGUGCAUCCAUUAAAUUCUCGUCAGAUGGUGGUAAGGUUUUCGCAGUCGAUCGAAAAGGGCUAUUUUCUGUAUUUGAUUUCACCAAAGGAAUGCCAGGAGUUGAUUCUGAUAUCUUCAAAUGUAAGAUAAUAACUGUUUAG